AUGUUUUCUUUUGUUAAUAAUCUUGAAAAGGGAUUUGCAAAAAGAAUUGAUGGUACUGCUAUUGCUCGGCAAAUUUAUUGUGAAAUCCGCAAUGAAAUUGUUAAAAAACAAGAAAAAUGUUCAAAGUUUCAACCUACAUUAGUGAUCAUCCAAGUGGGUACAAAGGAAGAAUCGAAUACAUAUAUUUCUAUGAAAAGAAAGUUUGCAAAAGAGGUAAAUAUUUGUGUUAAACAUAUAAUGCUUCCUGAAUCGAUUCAACAAAAUGAUCUUUUACAAAGAAUUUCAGACUUUAAUAAUGAUUAUAGUGUCCAUGGAAUUAUUGUUCAACUUCCCAUACCUCCACAUUUAUCAGAAUCAGCUGUUACUGGCGCAGUAUCUCCUUUAAAGGAUGUAGAUGGACUUAGUUUAUUAAAUAUUGGUGAGCUUUCUAAACGUGAUGGUAAUCCUCUUUUUAUUCCUUGUACUCCAAAAGGUGUUAUGACUAUUCUUCGUUCAGUUGAUAUUCAGCUUGAAGGUAAAAAUGCUGUUGUUCUUGGACGUAGUAAUAUCGUUGGGAAUCCUAUGAGUUAUCUUCUUCGUAAUGCUAAUGCUACUGUUACUCUUUGUCAUUCAAAAUCACGGGACAUUAAAGAAAUUACUAGGCAGGCAGACAUUCUUGUUGUUGCUAUUGGGCGUCCUGAACUUGUUCGUGGAGACUGGAUUAAGCCAGGAGCUGUCGUAAUUGAUGUUGGUAUUAAUUACAAGGAAGAUUCUUCAAAGAAAUCAGGGCGUCGUCUUGUUGGUGAUGUACAUUAUGAAUCAGCCUCAGAGAUUGCAUCUUAUAUAACACCUGUUCCUGGAGGAGUCGGUCCUCUUACUGUUUGUAUGCUUCUUCAAAAUGUUUUGGAAUCUGCCAAGCGUAUCGAAUCUUCUACGCGUUUUAGACAGUUUUCUCCUCUUUCGCUUAAACCUCUUGAUCCUGUUCCUAGUGAUUUUAUUAUUUCUAAGAAUCAAACUCCUAAAAAUAUUCAAGUAUUGGCAAAAGAAGUUGGUAUUUUUGAUAAUGAGCUUGAACUUUAUGGAAAUUAUAAAGCUAAAGUUGAUUUAAGUAUUUUAAAACGUUUAAGUCAUCGAAAAGAUGGAUAUUAUGUUUGUGUAACCGGUAUUACUCCUACACCUUUUGGUGAAGGGAAGACUACUACCGUGAUGGGUCUCGUCCAAGCGCUGGGAGCCCAUUGUGGUAAAUUAGCUUUUGCCUGUAUCCGUCAACCAUCUCAAGGGCCUACUUUUGGCAUUAAGGGUGGUGCAUCAGGGGGCGGUUAUUCUCAAGUUAUUCCAAUGGAUGAACUUAAUCUUCAUUUAACUGGAGAUAUUCAUGCUGUUACAGCUUCCAAUAAUUUAUUGGCCGCUGCUAUUGAUACUCGUAUUUUUCAUGAAUCAACUCAGAAGACUGAAGCUCUUUAUUCCAGACUUGUGUCUACUAAAAAAGGCAAAAAGUUUUCAACAAUAAUGAAAAAACGAUUGGAAAAAUUGGGAAUAAAUAAGACUGAUCCUAAUGAUUUAAGCUUUGAAGAAAUUGAAAAGUUUUCUAGAUUAGACAUUGACCCGAAUACUAUUACGUGGCAACGUGUACUUGAUGUAAAUGAUAGAUUUUUACGCAAAAUUACUAUUGGGCAAAGCUCUACAGAAAAGGGACUUGAAAGAAUUUCUGGGUUUGAUAUUUCUGUUGCAAGUGAAUGCAUGGCUGUCUUGGCACUUGCGAAUGAUAUGAAAGAUUUAAGAGAAAGGCUUGGUAAUAUGAUUGUGGCUAGUUCUCGUUCUGGGAGUUUUGUUACUGUUGAUGAUAUUGGUGUUAGUGGUGCUCUUGCUGUUCUUAUGAAAGACGCUUUAAAGCCCAAUUUAAUGCAAAGUAUUGAAGGAACUCCUGUCUUUGUUCAUGCUGGCCCUUUUGCGAAUAUUGCUCAUGGAAAUUCUUCCAUUCUUGCUGACAGAAUCGCUUUGAAACUUGCUGGUAUUGAAGAUGAUGAAACACGUGAAAAAGAUGCUGGAUAUGUAGUAACUGAAGCUGGUUUCGGAGCAGAUGCUGGACUAGAAAAGUUCUUUGAUAUAAAAACUAGAGUAUCUGGUUUAUCUCCUGAUGCUGUUGUUUUAGUAGCUACUGUUAAAGCAUUAAAACUUCAUGGUGGUGGUCCUGAAAUUGCUUCUGGAAAGUCUUAUGAUAAUGUUUACCUUACUGAAAAUCUCGAAUUAGUUAGAAAAGGAUGCUCUAAUAUGAUAAAACAUAUUCAAAAUAUUAAAAAAUACGGUAUACCCGUUGUAGUUGCUAUUAAUAGAUUCAGUAUGGAUACUGAUGCAGAAAUUGAUAUUGUCCGGGAAGAAGCUAUAAAGGCUGGUGCAGUCGAUGCUGUUACUUCUAAUCAUUGGGCAUUGGGAGGUUUUGGUUCAAUAGAACUUGCGAAUUCUGUUCAAUAUGCAUGUGAAAAAGUUUCUAAAAAUUUCAAGUUUUUAUAUGAUUUAAAGGCCUCUAUUAUAGAAAAGAUUGAAAUAAUUGCCAAAGAAAUAUAUGGUGCAGAUGGUAUUGAACUAAGCGAAUUAGCAAGUAAAAAGAUUGCUCGGUAUACAGAACUGGGAUUUGGAAAUCUUCCUAUUUGUAUUGCUAAAACUCAAUAUUCAUUUUCACAUGAUCCAAAACUAAAAGGUGCACCCACGGGCUUUUCUAUUCCUAUAAGAGAUGCCCGGUUAAAUGCUGGUGCGGGUUUUAUAACCCUAUUAGUUGCUGAAAUUAUGACAAUUCCAGGACUUCCAACGCGGCCUGCAUAUUAUGAUAUAGAUAUUGAUCCUGAAACUUGUGAAGUAGAAGGAUUGUUUUAG